AUGUGCAACACCAGCUGCUCCUCAGGCUGCCAGCCAACCUGCUGCGUGUCCAGCCCCUGCCAGGCAUCCUGCUGCGUGCCCGUGAGCUGCAGACCUGCUGUGUGUGUCCCUGUGAGAUACCAGGUGGCCUAUUGUGUGCCCAUGAGCUGCCGGCCCGUGUGUGUGGCCCCCUCCUGCCAGUCCUCUGUGUGUGUGCCCGUGAGCUGCCGGCCCGUGUGUGGGUCCUCCUUCCAGUCCUCCGGGUGCUGCCAGCCCUCCUGCCCCACCAUGGUCUGCAGACCUGUCACCUGCAGCACCUCCACCUGCUGCUGA